CGCUGGCAGAAGGCGUCCGGCGGCGGCAUGGCGGGGACAGCUCUGUCCCUCUGCCUGCUCCUCGCUGCUGCCCUGCGGGGGGCUCUGACCCAGCGCCCCGGACCCCCGCUCCUGCGGCUGCAGCGGCUGGAGGAGCAGGUUCGCCGGCUGCAGGAGGUGACGCUGAACCAUCUGCAGAGCAUCGCCAGGAACUACAACAUCUCCUACAACAUCGACGGGCGUUUCCAGGCACUGGCAGAGCAGGCGGAGGCUGCCAGCACUGCCCGGGCUGCCCUGGGUGCCGAACUGGCCCGUUUGGCCACCGCCGGCCGGAGGCUGCACCGCAGGCUGAAGCGGCUGGAGGGGACAGUGGGUGCCCUGAGCACCCCGCACCUCCCGGUCACCUCCCCGUCAGGAGCACUGGUGGACACUGGCACCCAGCUGCACAGCCUGCCCGGUGCUACCCUGACCCGGGACAGACGGCUGGAGUGGGAGCCACAGGGCAGGGUGGCCCCCAGCACCCUUAGCCCCCCAAAGGCAAGGCGACGGCAGCAGUGGUGGCAGGAGGGGAGGCAUUGGCUGCCAGCUGAUGCCAGACCUGGUCCAGUGCCCAGGGAGUUUGCAGAGCUCCCUCAGGACACAGCACCAAGAAGCCAAGCCGUGGCACCAGUGCUCCCCACAGUCCCCCAGAAGCAGCCACCAGCCUCACAGCAGCCAGCAGAGGGGAGGUACGGGCCCCCCGACCCAGCACCCCCCUCCCCAGCCUGCCGUGCUGGUGCUGUCCUGCUCUUCCCCAACACCUCUGCUGAACACAAGGCCAUCCUGGGGCUGGGGCCACGCCAGGGGCUGCGGGAUCUGUCCUUUUGUGCCUGGCUGGCCACCCCGGCCCCCCGCCUUGGGGCUCUCCUCUCCUACACCAGCAAGGACAGUGGCAGUGAGCUGGCCCUGGGUGGCCACGUCGGGAGCCACCCCGGCUCUGUGCGCUUCGCCAUCGGGGACGAGGAGUUUCGGGAGCUGCCGGUGAUGCCGCUCCUGGAUGGCAAGUGGCACCACCUCUGCCUCUCCUGGUCCUCUGCCCAGGGCCAGUAUCGCUUCUAUGUGGACAGGCGGCUGCUGGCUGCUGGCUCUGGCUUCCAGCAGGGCUAUCAGAUUCCCACUGGUGGCUUGCUGGUGCUGGGCCGGGAGCAGGAGCCGCCUGGCAGGGAUUUGGGCCCUGCAGAAGCUUUUGUGGGUCACCUGGCUGGCUUCGCCCUCUGGAACCGGGCUCUUCUGCCUGGGGAGGUGGCCAGCAUGGCUACUGGCCACGGGCUGCCCCGUGCCCCUCUGCUGACGCUGUCUGAUGCCUCACUGCAGGGUGAGGUGCAGAGGGUGACAUGUCCGUGCCUCGGCACUGCCUGUGACCAGCCUGGCACCAGGAGCAGUGCUGGCUCCCGGUGACCACAGUGGCUCCCGGUGCCAGCGCUGGCAUCGGCCACGUCCUCCGGGGGGGAUGGGAGAAAAUGUUUCAGGACCGGGACCACCACCGGGAAAAGCAAAAGGGGUUUUGACAUCGGGGCUGCAGCAGAGGUGGGACCUGGGGUUGGACCCCAAGCCGGGAGU